AUGGCCGCAGUAAUCUGCAGCGGCUGGGCAAACGCCGCUUGGCGCCAGCGGGCCCAGCUCUGCUCGGUCUGGCUGCUGGCGCUGGUUGGGGCAUCGUAUCUAACGGCUCCCGUGGCCGCACAGGUUGUGGGGUCGACCGCCGGGGCCUGCGCUUCGGCGGGCACCGCGGUUCUGGUCCUCUCCAACGCCACCUCCACCGCAGACCCUUACGCUAUCUGCUUCCACACAUUCACCCUCACAGUCGACCCCGCCACCUGCGCCCUGCUGCUGUCGCCAGACGCAUCGGCGGCAGGCCUGCAGGUCCAGGGCCGGGCCUGCCCCGCCGCGGACCUCAGCGGCGGCGUGGUGGCGGGGGACGAUGUUGGCGCCGCCAUCCGGCGGGCCAUGCAGCGCGCCGCGCUGGCGGCCGGCGCCAUCCAGGGCGUCACACUAGAGCCUGGCUUUGCAGGCAUCUCGGUUGCCACGCCUGGGCCCAACACCAACACCUACACGCUCACACAGGGUUCUCUGGGCUCCGUGUUCCCCACCAGUACCGCAAGUACCGCCCCCUGCCCCGCCGGCGGCGCCCCCGGCUGCGCCCCCGCCGGCGCCGGCGCCGGCGCCUCCUGCCCGGCCGGGCGCUACCUCGCCGGCGGCGGCGCGGUGUGCACGCUGUGCCCCGCGGGCCAUGCCUGCGGCGGCGGCGCCGGCGCCGCGGCGGCGGCCUGCGACGCAGGCACCUACGCGGAAGCCGUGGGGCAGCCGGCCUGCUCUUCCUGCCCCGUACAGACCUACCAGGCAGAAGCUGGCCGUACCGCCUGCCACCCCUGCCCAGACGCCUCCUAUGCCCACUUCACUGCCUCCACCGGCUGCCUGGCCUGCUACCUGGGCCAGCCGCGGGUGGUGGCGGGCAGGGUGGGCGGCGAGGAGGGGGCGUGGCAGGAGGGCGCGGCCGUGGAGGCGCCCCCAGAGCUGCCAGGCAAGCGCGGCGCUGCUGCGGCGGCCCUGCAGCAGCCGCCAACGUGGGUUGCCCGCUACCGCGUCGCCACGCUGGCGGGCGGCGCCCUGGGCGCUGGCGCCUGCCCCGACGUGGACCACCCGUUCAAAUCUUGCGCGGCGCUCGAAGGCCGCGCGGUGGCGGUGGAGACGGCGCCCUCCUGCCUGGUGCGGCUGUACGUGCUGGGGGAUGCGGGCUGCUCCCAGGCAGACGAGCUGUCGUACGUCGAGGGGUGA